AUGAUAACACGUUUCUCUCUUUUCGACCUUCAAACGGCGUUCCCUGUUCCCACCCCCCUCUCAAACACUCGGGAGCUGUGCAGGAGGCGAUGCUGCUGCGCCGUGCCCUGGGCUCUGCCGUCCUUUUUCAGCCAGUCAGUGUGUACUCUAGUGCUACCAGAUGAAUGGAAGAAGAAAGUGAGUGAAUCGUAUGCUAUAAUCAUAGAACGAUUAGAAGAUGACCUGCAAAUCAAAGAAAAGGAGCUGGCAGAGCUGAAGCAUGUCUUUAGCUCUGAUGAAGCCUUCUGCAAAGUCAAUUUAAAUUACCGCACAGAAAAUGGGCUCUCUCUCCUUCAUUUAUGUUGCAUAUGUGGGGGUAACAAGUCCCAUAUUAGAACUCUCAUGCUGAAAGGACUGCGCCCGUCCAGAUUAACCAGAAAUGGAUUUACAGCUCUGCACUUGGCCGCCUAUAAGGACAACGCGGAGCUGCUGACGGCGCUGCUGCACGGCGGAGCGGACAUUCAGCAGGUCGGGUACGGGGCUCUGACAGCCCUUCACAUCGCCACCAUCGCCGGCCACCACAAGGCUGUUGAUAUUCUUUUGCAGCAUGGAGCUUAUGUGAACAUUCAGGAUGCGGUGUUUUUCACCCCGUUGCAUAUUGCUGCGUAUUACGGCCAUGAACAGGUAACCCACCUCUUACUAAAGUUUGGAGCGGAUGUGAAUGCAAGUGGAGAAGUUGGAGACAGACCUCUUCACUUGGCUUCUGCCAAAGGCUUUCUCAACAUAACAAAGCUCUUGAUGGAAGAGGGGAGCAAAGCUGAUGUGAAUGCUCAGGACAACGAAGAUCAUGUUCCUCUGCACUUCUGCUGUCGGUUUGGACACCAUGAAAUUGUGAAGUUCUUGCUGCAGAGCAGCUUUGAAGUUCAGCCCCACGUGGUGAAUAUCUAUGGAGACACACCUUUACACCUCGCAUGUUACAAUGGCAAGUUUGAAGUUGUCAAGGAAAUAAUUCAGCUCUCAGGAACAGAAAGUCUCACUAAAGAAAACAUCUUCAGUGAAACGGCUUUCCACAGUGCUUGCACCUAUGGAAAGAACAUAGAACUUGUAAAAUUUCUUCUUGACCAGAACAUUGUAAGCAUCAAUCACCAAGGAAGGGAUGGACACACAGGGUUACACUGCGCGUGCUACCAUGGCCACAUUCGACUUGUGCAGUUCCUCCUGGAUAAUGGAGCCGAUAUGAACCUGGUAGCUUGUGAUCCCAGCAGGUCCAGUGGAGAAAAGGAUGAGCAGACCUGUUUGAUGUGGGCUUAUGAGAAAGGUCACGAUGCCAUCGUGACCCUCCUGAAGCACUAUAAGAGACCUCAGGAUGAGUCGCCCUGUAACGAAUACUCACAGCCCGGAGGAGAUGGUUCCUAUGUGUCAGUUCCAUCCCCUCUAGGAAAGAUUAAAAGCAUGACUAAAGAAAAGGCGGACGUUCUCCUCCUCCGCGCUGGUCUGCCGUCACAUUUCCACCUUCAGCUCUCGGAAAUAGAGUUCCAUGAGAUUAUCGGCUCAGGGUCUUUUGGAAAAGUAUAUAAGGGACGAUGCAGAAACAAAAUUGUUGCAAUCAAACGGUACCGAGCCAACACCUACUGCUCCAAAUCUGAUGUGGACAUGUUCUGCCGGGAGGUUUCCAUUCUCUGCCGGCUGAAUCAUCCCUGUGUCAUCCAGUUUGUGGGAGCCUGUUUAGAUGACCCAAGCCAGUUUGCAAUAGUCACUCAGUACAUUUCCGGGGGAUCGCUCUUCUCCCUGCUCCACGAGCAGAAGAGAACUCUUGAUCUGCAGUCCAAAUUGAUCAUCGCAGUCGAUGUUGCCAAAGGCAUGGAGUACCUCCACAAUCUCACGCAGCCAAUCAUACAUCGUGAUUUGAACAGUCACAAUAUUCUUCUGUAUGAAGAUGGUCAUGCAGUUGUUGCCGACUUUGGAGAAUCUAGAUUUUUGCAAUCCCUGGAUGAAGACAAUAUGACAAAACAACCUGGGAACCUGCGGUGGAUGGCCCCCGAGGUGUUCACCCAGUGCACCAGGUACACCGUCAAAGCCGACGUCUUCAGCUACGCUCUGUGCCUCUGGGAGCUGCUAACGGGGGAAAUCCCCUUCGCCCACCUGAAGCCAGCGGCGGCGGCGGCCGACAUGGCGUACCACCACAUCCGCCCGCCCAUCGGGUACUCCAUCCCCAAGCCCAUCUCCACCCUGCUGAUGAGGGGCUGGAACGCCUGUCCCGAGGGGAGACCGGAGUUUUCAGAAGUAGUCACGAAAUUAGAGGAAUGUCUGUGCAACAUUGAGUUAAUGUCUCCAGCCUCCAGCAACAGCAGUGGCUCUCUGUCUCCCUCCUCGUCGUCGGACUGCCUCGCUGGGCGCGGGGGCCCUGGCCGUAGCCACGUUGCAGCACUCCGCAGUCGCUUUGAACUGGAGUACGCCCUGAACGCGCGGGCUUACGCCGUCUGGUCCCAGAGCGCUGGGCAACACCCUUCCCAGGGUCUGUCUUUGGAUGAGAUGAGAAGAAACUUCCAGUACCCGCCAAUCGACAAAAAUGGCUACGUGUCGGACCCCAUCAGCACCAUGAGGUUUCAUUCCUGCAGCAGCAGCGGCAGCUUUGAGGAAAGCAACUGAGACUCACCCGCAGGCACAGCCCCACCCUCUCAGCCCAAGGCACCUACACCGAGUGUCCCUAAACUCAGCCAAGGUCCCUGUCACAACUCCUGGCGCUGGCCUGCUUGAGGGCUGGGCGCUGCUGGUGGCGCGCAUCUGUCCUCCAACGAAGCGAAUGUCUGCAAGGAACGUUGUGCUUUCUUUCACCUUGAGCUUUAACAGUCUGGAGAGAUGAAGGUAUGGAUGCGUCUGCUGUGGUUUCAGCGCGCCAAGGCAAGAUGUUCUCCGCUUGGCCUGCACGAGGGUGGGGGGUACCAGCCCCUCCCUGACUGGUAGGUCCCAGGGAGCCACCAGCCCCAUCCCCAUGGAGAUGAGGAGGAGCCUGUCCCUCCCCACCACCAUCCCGGCCCCUGUGGAGACAGAGAUGUUCCCACUCCCAGCUGCUGAACCAGAUCGAGCUGCUUUUCUGAGCUCCCAUGGCCCCAGACAGGUCCUGCGUCGCGUUUUCCUCACCGGGGGCUCAUGCAGGUCCCCAACACAGCAGCCCCAUGGCUGUGGCUCUUCCGAGCCCUGAUCUCUGGCUGCUUUUCUGCCCCCUGGGAAUAAAAAGCUGUUUGGGUGCCCAUCUCAGCUGUGCACCCAGACAUUUGUGUUUGC